UUCCUCCCGCCCCUCCCGGGCCCGAUGGCGGCGGCCGGCGGGCGGUUCUUCUGCACGGCAGGCCGGGGACUGGAACUCUUCCUGGAGCGGGAGGUGCGGGCGCGGCUCGGCGCCUCCGAGGUGGUCAGCGUACCUGGAAAGGUCUUCUUCAGCGCAGAGGCGAAGCUGGAUGAGCUGAGGGAGCUCCGGGCUGGAGAGCGGCUGUUCCUGCGGCUCCAGAAACAUCCCCCACUUGCUGUUUCCAGGCAGAAAGGGCAAAUGCUGCAUGGUAAAAGCCUUGUUACUGAUGAACCAAAGUCUUGGCUGGAUGUAUAUCUCUACUUGGAAGAAAACCUUCGUGGUGUGCGAGGGGAAAAAAGAGUGUUUCAAGAAACAGAUUGCCUCUCAGAGAAAAUUGUAGAAGAAGCUAAAAGCAGAACACAUAGUGUAGACAGACAGUGGUCUGAAGAAUGUCAGGCAGAAGAUGGAGAGAGUAUAGUGGUACCAGAGCAAAAGAGUGACCAGAACUGCAGGACUGAAAGCAAGGCCUCCUUAGAAGACCCCUCCAAAAGCAGUAGAGAGGAACCUGUUGCAAAUGAGGAGUGCUUCAGUUUCAGAGUUUCGUGUCGCUGUAGUGGAGCAAUUGCCAAAAUACUUACUUCACAGGAGAUCGGAAGAGCCAUUGGCAUAGCGCUCAUGAAGGCAGUUGGGUGGCGGGCCGAUCUGCGGAAACCCCGGAUCUAGGAGAUAUUUGUUCAUCUUAAUGACAUUCACUCUGUGGUGGGGAUUCCCCUUUUCAGGCUUCCUUUGGCAAACAGAGAGUACAUCAAAACAGCAGGACUGCGGUCAACAGUUGCGUGGGCCAUGGCAUCUCUGGCUGAAAUCAGCGUAAGUGAAAUGUUCAUGGCAAAGCUGUAGAGUUCCAAAUGAAGGAGGGGUUGCUGCUUUUGAGGGCAGGAGCAAGAAGCUUUGAAGAAGUGUGGUG